AUGUCGCAACAUUAUGGUGUGAACCAAAUAAUUCAAAACAGUCCAGCAACUCCCGAGGGAGAAAGAAGCAGUAACUUAACCCCACCCGAUGAUCCUAGGGUUCAACAACAAGCCAAUGAUGAUGUUGAUGGUGUUGGUGAUGAUGAUGUUGUUCAAGGUCCCCACGGGAGCAACACUAAUGUAAGGGCAGAAAAAUGGGGUGCAAAAGAAGAUGAUGCCCUCGUUUCGGCUUGGGUAGAGUGUGCAGUUGAAGAUCCAGAGACGGCAACUAAUCAAAGUUUGGCGGUAAUGUGGAGGAACAUAAAAUCCCUUUAUGAUCAAGCUAGAGAAGAAAAUCCAUCCACCAUGCGCCCUAGAACUUUAAGAUCUAUUAAAAGUCGGUGGGCAAGAAUAAAUAAAGAUGUGAGUAUAUGGGUUGGUUGCUAUAGUGAAGCAAAAAAAAGAUAUAUGAGUGGUACCAACACUCAUGAUGAAAUGACCGAAGCUCAUGAAAUAUAUAGAGGAACAUGUAAUGGUUCACGCUUUGGUUUAAUUGGUUGUUGGGAGAUGUUGAGAGAGUUAGACAAAUGGAAGCCAAUAGACCUAGAUUUACCUUCUAGUGAUGGUGGCAAUUCGAAAAGAUCAGAGCCAGAUACUCCAACUGAUGAAGGUCCAAAAACUCAUACUCGUCGCCGUCGUCCUGACGGGGUGAAAGCAUCUAAAAGAAAAGAGUCGUUUACUCAAGCCCUAUCAGAGAUGAAUGUAAUGAAAGGUCAACACAAAGAUGUUGAUGAAAGGCGAAUUGAUGUAGCAGAACGUAUGCUAGAGUAUCAGAAGGAGCGAGAUGCCAUCAAAGCUCGGAAGAAACAAGAAGAAAAAAGGUUCAAGCUAUUUAGUGUCUUUCUUGCAAAACCAAUUCUAUCUGAAGGAGAAAAAGAAAUAUAUCUAAAAUUAAAGCAAGAAUUUGCACAUCUUCUAGGCUAG